AUGAGCCACAACGAACCAAAUAGAGGUUUGCCCUAUCAGUCUCACGAUGACCAUGAGAAAGAUACUGUGGUGAGCAGCACAGCUGCAGAGGAUGGACUUGAUAAAUAUCAUCCGACCAAAGCCCAAAGCAAUAUCACCAUUGUUAGCUGCUAUAUCGCGAACUUCAGUGAUGGAUUCCAAAACACAUUGGCAAAUCCAACCAAUGUGAUUUUCAAAGAUCUGCUGGGGGCAAGUGCCUUCUCUUCUGCGAUGAAAACGCGCAUCAGCAACUCGCUCAUUGUCGGUGCCAUUUUGGGAGUUGUGGUGUUGGGAUACACCUCGGACAUGUAUUCUCGAAAAGGUGGACUCUUAGUCACCUCGUCACUCGUGGCGAUUGGUACUUUGAUGUCGACAGUUGCGUUGCAUGUGAGCCCAUCACAAAAUAUGCUCUGGUAUUUUGUUGUCGCACGUGGAAUUGCAGGCUUCGGAGUCGGAGGUGAAUACCCUCCCAGUGCAGCAGCUGGCAUUGAGGAAUCUGAUGAGUUAAUGAGGAAAUAUCGCGGGCCAAUGUUUGUCUCUUUCACGACCCUCAUGGCUACGCUGGCGGGCCCAAUCUUGCAGAUCAUUUACCUGGUCUGUCUCAUUGCCAGCGACAAUAAUCUCAAGAUCACAUUCCAUGCCAUAUACUCGAUUGCGACCAUAAUUCCAGUGGCCAUUAUUAUUCUGCGACUGUUUAUGGUGGAUUCAACGCUAUUUCGCCAUUCCAACCUGACGAGCCUCCGUCGUUCCCCCCGCAUUUAUCUGCUGCUGGCUCGGCGUUAUUGGUGGAGGAUCUUUACGACUUCAUGCGCGUAUUUUCUAUACGACUUUAUCAAUUUCCCUAAUAGUAUCAUGUCAAGCAGCAUCCUGUCGUCCCUGGUCAAGGACAAUGAUAUCCGACAGACGGCUAUUUGGCAGGUCAUUCUCGCCGUGCUACCGGUGCCUGGAGUUUUGAUCGGAGCGUGGCUGACCAAUGUCAUCGGACGACGGAAUACGGGUAUUCUAGGCUUUGCAGGCUACAUGAUUCUCGGAUUUAUCAUCGGAGGUACAUACUCUAAACUGUCCAAAAACAUUGCCGCAUUUGUCGUGUUAUACGGGCUGCUACAGGCCUUUGGCCAUAUGGGCCCAGGGGCCACUAUAGGUUUGAUUUCCUCCGAGUGUUUCCCCACCGCGGUCCGAGGAAUGGGAUACGGAAUCGCUACAGCCUUUGGGAGAACAGGGGCAGCUGUGGGAACACAGUGUUUCACUCCACUAGAGGAUGCGGCUGGAAUUAGCUCGACGUUCUACCUUGCUGGUGGAGUCGCCGUUGUCGGUAUCUUGGUUUAUUGUCUUUUGCCCGAGAGCAGUAAGCUGGAUUUGGCAAAAGAGGACAGAUUGUUGGAGGAGUAUCUGGCUGAAAAUGGAUAUCAGAUUGAGAAGGGAGAUCAGAUUGCCUCGUGA